AUGUCUUCUGCCAAACUGGAAGAGCAAAUCUUAUGUCUUACGGAAUUCUCCCCAACAGACAGAGCACCAGAUACACCUCAUCUCACUUUUUCUCUUGAUGCGAGACCGUGGUUCCUUAUCGAUGAAGACUGCUACGAAAUUUCAUUUACCAUCACACGUGAUGAGAAUGAUACAGAUAGGCGACCGUGUGUCAUUCAAUGGGACCCUAUCAAGGACGGGUUUGGACAGUCAGGUAUAACACUGCUCUGUCGCGAAGCGGAUAGCUGGCGACAUGUCCAAAUCAACCCACGUCGGUUGUCCACGAACCCCCUCCACCCGGACGUGUCCACAAACGCAGAAUCUUGCCUGAAGCAACUUGAUCCAGGCACCAGCGUCUCCUGGAAAACCAAAUUGCCAUCUGUAUUUUUGGAUGCCCUUUCCCCAAGAAACUUCUACGAGAUUCUUUGGUGCGGUGGGAAAAUUUCGUUAUGGGACUGGGGAACAUUGGCAGAACGUACUGCUCGUGACCAACUUAUUCCUAAAUCCCCCGAGAUAAUUCUUCCCGGUGGCGCUUAUCAAGAAGUUGAAGUCGUUGAAGUCUUUGAGGAAAGUGAUGAUGAAGACUGUGUGUAUAAUUUACCGUCUUCGCCCUCAUCAAUUUCCCCAUCUUCUCGCAACAGUGAUGCCCCAUCGUUCACGGUUACAAUUACUGGGCCUGAGACGCUCUCGAUCAAAGAUAGCGUCUCUGACUCAAAGCUUCGAUGUCCUGUCACGGUAAACGUAUCAUAUGACGGACCUCAGCAUUCAAUGGGUGACAAGAGACCGAUUACAUUUCUGACUUCAAUUUUUAAAAUCAUCGAUAAUCGCGUUGAUGGAUUUCGACUCUACGCUAAAGAUGGGGAUGAAUGGAAGGGGCACGAAGUGAACUAUUUGAUAUAUCGCCAUGCUUACCGUUUCACGAAACCCGCGCCUUUCAAAGUUGGCUAUGAUGAUGGGUACCAUUUCCAGACCCUAAUGCCUGGUGAGUCGUGGUCAUUCACACGACAUGUGACUGAUUUCCCAAAAGAGUUUGCGCCCGGUGAUAAAUUUCGGUAUCAGUUCAAGGGGUCUACGCUUAACUGGUGGGACUGGGGUAACUAUGAAGAUCACAAGGAGACCGUGGUAUGGAUUGAGGAGGAUCUUCUCGAUAGUCCUAAGGAUAAUGGAGGCAGGCCUGUGAUUGUUUUGCCGGCUAGUAACUAUAUUGAGUUUACAUUGAUUGAAUAG